GGCGCAGCGCACAUCUGCCCUUCAGAGUGCAGUCAGACCCUCCGACAGGUGCGCCAGUCACGCUUCAUCCACCGGAUACCUGCCGCAUCUUUUUUUUUUUCCUCUCUCCGCUAAAACUCGCGCAAACAAUCUGCAGCCAAAAUGCCAAAGUGCCCAAAGUGCGAGAAGGAAGUUUACUUCGCCGAGAGGGUGACAUCACUGAGCAGGGACUGGCACCGGCCAUGUCUGAAGUGUGAGAAGUGCAACAAGACGCUGGUGGCGGGCUCACACGCAGAGCAUGGGGGCAAGCCGUACUGUAACAACCCCUGCUACAGUGCCUUGUUUGGCCCUAAAGGAUUCGGUCGCGGUGGAGCCGAGAGCCACACCUUCUGAUAGGUUCAAUGUUGCCUGGAAACUAGAUUGAAGAAGCCGACGCGGCUCCAGAGCCCCAAUAAAAAAAUUAAAAAAACGUCAAACAAAACCGCGCUCUCGUUCAGAAGAGAACAUUUUGUGUGCGUGUGUUUUUUAAUUUUUUUUUUAUUGUUGUGUUCUUCUGGUUUCUGAAGAUGGCUGUGUAUCGUUCCCAUGAUAUCGUCAUGAAGUGUCUGUCCUCUGGUCUCUUUUUUGUUCUUUAGGACAUUCUGAUUAAACUUUUUAAAUUUG